GAUGCGAGCUAGCGCAACUGCGGAAUCGCUUGUCUCGUAGCUCGACUCGGUGUUUUCAUAGGUGCGAGCAAGUCGUGUCCAAGUGCAUCCUAUACGAGUGCCGCGACAUUAGCGAGUAAACAAGCGCGUCACGCAAAGUUGCAGGAGUCGCAAGAGUCGCAGGUGUGCACACUGCUGCUUUGCUAGACCGCGCUCAGUUGGAACGUCGUCGGCAUAAUAUCGUCGUGCAUAUGCUCGUAGUCUCGUCGCUUGUGCUCGUGAACCGUUUCAUAAGAAAGAGAACUCUUCGCAUAACAUAGCAGGGGUGUGUGCGUAAGAUAUAAUAUAUUGUUGUACACCGAGUGCGUUCGCGGCUUCUCUCUCUUGCUGUUGCUCUUCUCUCUUUUACCCUGUCUUUUGGCCAAUGCACAUGCGCUUUCUCUUUAAUGUAAACGUAAUAGCGCCGCCGCUGCUCAUCGGCACAAUUGCUGCAACUGCUGCGAUUUAUCGUCGAUAUUAAUAGUAAUAAUACAUACGCCAGGCAGUGUAAACAGGCGACGCGCGGAGAGUGAUUUUAACGUUGUGCACCGUCGUCGUCGUUGUUUUCGUGCCUGCAGUAGUCGUGAUCAAGAUUCCGAUAGCAUGGGCAUCGCCGGUGUGAUACAGCUAAUCAACUUAUCGGCACUGCAAUCAUCAGAGUCAUUAACGUUGACAAAGACGACGCCGAGCAAAGAUAAUAAUUACGACGCAACUGUAGCAGUUGUCGCUCUUUUUCGGUGCGGAAAUUAGUGGAGCGCUGCCAAAAAGUACGCAUCAGGCGACAAGCGAAAGCUAAGUGCGCGCGCCCCUGUGUAUGCAGCAUAAAGGCUGUCAAGCUGAUUUUUGUGAUCGUGACGCAGUUCUACAGCAGCCGAAGCCACCACUCAGCACUGAGACUUCUGUCAACGAGCAGAAGACCGGAGCUGUAGCAACCAAGUCGUAAAACAUAAUUUUCUGUAGGACUUGUACCUCAUCUACUUCUUUUCUUCAAGUGCAAUUGCACACGCCUCAAGUUCCGAAAAGUUCUCGAUACAUUAGGACAACGCUCGACACUCAAAAUGCCAGGCCUCAUAGCUGUCAGUGACUUCAUUGAUGAGACUAAGGGUGAUUACAACUCACCAACAACAUCAACAUUUGUCUCAAGGAUGCCACAAUGUAGAACUACUAUUGCCACACUUGAAGAGUCUCUUGAUUUUGAUCGAGAUGGCCUUACCAAACUUAAAAAGGCAAUCAAAGCGAUAUAUAAUUCAGGAAAUGCUCAUGUUGACAAUGAAAUGUACUUGGGUAGAGCUUUGGAGAGGCUGGGUGAUGCUGCACUUAAAGAACAAGAACCAGAUAUUGGAGCAGCUUUUCUUAAAUUUGCUGUGGUUACCAAAGAAUUAAGUGCGUUAAUGAAAACAUUGAUGCAAAAUAUUAGUAACAUAGUUAUGUUUCCAUUGGACUCAGUAUUGAAAGGAGAUUUAAAAGGUGUCAAAGGUGAUUUGAAAAGGCCUUUUGAUAAAGCUUGGAAAGAUUAUGAAGCAAAGUAUGCAAAAAUUGAAAAAGAGAAAAAACAACACGCAAAAGAGGCUGGCCUCAUACGUACAGAAAUCACUGCAGCAGAAGUUGCAGAUGAAAUGGAAAAAGAAAGACGUUUAUUCCAGUUACAAAUGUGUGAAUAUUUAAUUAAAGUUAAUGAAAUCAAAACAAAAAAAGGUAUAGAGCUUCUUCAACAUCUAGUAGAAUAUUAUCAUGCACAAACAAAUUAUUUUCAAGAUGGACUAAAAACCAUUGAACACUUUGGUGCUUACGUUGUUGAACUAAGCUUGAGACUUCAGAAAAUAAGACAGGCUCAAGAUGAAGAGAGAAAGCGAUUAAUAGAGCUUAGAAGCCUUUUAAGGAGUUCUGGAUGUGAUAAAGAGUUGAAUACAAAUGCAAGUAGUGGUUAUUCAUUGCAUCAACUUCAAGGUGAUAAACAACAUGGAGUCACUCGUACAGGUCAUCUUUUGAAAAAAAGUGAAGGAAAGAUGCGACGAGUUUGGCAAAAAAGGAGAUGUUCAGUGCAGGCAGAAGGUUAUUUAGAUAUUUGUCAUGCUGAUGAAAGCAAACCUCCUACAAGAGUGAAUUUAUUAACGUGCCAAAUUAAACUGGUACCUGAUGAUAAAAGAAGCUUUGACCUUAUAAGUUAUAAUAGGACUUAUCACUUUCAAGCAGAAGACGAGUCAGACCAACGAGCAUGGAUGUCUGUAUUAGUCAACUGUAAAGAGCGUGCUUUAUUAAGAGCUUUUGAUGCUAGUGGAAAACCUGAAGCAAAUCAUGGCAAUCCUAGUUUAGUUGAACUUCAGCAAGCAGUAAUAAGAUGUGUCAUGAGGUUACCAGGCAAUGAUAGAUGCUGUGACUGCUCUUCACAGAAUGAUGCAACUUGGCUAUCAACAAACUUUGGUAUUAUUGUAUGCAUAGAAUGUAGCGGUAUACACAGGGAUUUAGGUGUCCACAUAUCUAGAAUACAGUCUUUAACACUUGAUAAUAUAGGAACUUCACAAUUAUUGUUAGCAAGGUUUAUGACAAACACAGCUUUCAAUGAAGUUAUGGAGGCUAUGCUGCGGCAAAAUUUUAAACCUCAACCCUCCUCUUCAAUGGAAGAAAGAUAUGAUUUCAUUAGAGCCAAAUAUGUAGAUAAAAAAUACAUAACAAGAACUUGUGUAAAUGAUCAAGAUCUUCUGUCUGAUCUUGAGCACGCUGUAAAUAAUCGCGAUUUACAUCAUUUAUUACAAGUUUAUGCAGAAAAUGUCGAUUUAUCUGCUAGUUUGCCAACAUCUGAUUUGUGUGAAACUGCUCUUCACUUAGCCAUUCUUCGAGAAAUGGGAAAUAGUUUACAUAUAGUAGACUUUUUAAUUCAAAAUAUGCCUACAGGCACAAUAGAUAAAACCACCACAGAAGGAGAUACAGCAUUGCACCUUUCUGCUAAACAUGACAAAGCUGAAGCAAUGAAACUACUAUUAAAAUCAGGUGCUGAUCCAACGCUUCGUAAUAAACAAGGGAAAACACCUUUGGAAAUUGCUCAAGAAAUGGGACAUCACACAUGCCAAGAAUUGUUGAAUCAUGCACUUCAAAGACAAAAAACUCUUUUCGACAAUGUAAAUAUUGACUGGAACCUUUUACACGACGAAGCUUCAACAGACUUCUCUGACGACGAGACUAUAAUCGAGGAGCGAAAUGGAUGUUCUACUCCAGAAAAAAAGUUACGCAGUCGCCCACCAUCUUAUGCUGGAGGUACGGAAACCGGUGUAACAGAUUCACCGGUAACAUUGCGUAGUCGAAGUAGUACUUGUGAUAGCUUACAAAGCGGUUUAUCACCUGGCUAUUGCGCAAGCAAAGAACAAAUGCCACCCCCUCCACCUCCACAAAUAAAAAAACCAGUUAUAGCAAUGACGCGUUUGUUUGUAGUCCCGACACCAGUAGUACCGGAUGUCUCGCUUAAUUUCCACGGUUCGCUGAAGAAACGGGUUGCACCUCUACCACCGCCAGGAACAACUUUGGGUUCGUCCAGCAGUGGCGGUGGUGCUUCUUCUGGGCUUGACACGACUAUCGGUGGUGCGGGUGGAACAACCGGUGGCAUUGGUGGUGGUGGUGGAGGUGGUGCUGGUGUUGGGAGCGGCACUGUGCAACACUACGGUACUUUACCGAGCUCAUCAGGCCACAGCAGGACCACAAGUGAGCCUACUUUGACUUCUCAGUACUACUACCAUACACCUCAGAAUUUGCGAAAGCAACAGCAACAACUACAACAACACGCUAAUACCUUGAAUCACAAAAGAUCGCCGAGUGGUGAUUUUAAUGCUUCACGUCGACUUACUGUUGACGAUCUCCAAAAUUACUUUGAUGCAGGUAUCGACAAAAUCGGAAUAAAUACAUCUACUCUGCAAAGGCCUCGAAACCCACCGCCACCUGCACCAUCGGGGCUGUAUAGUUCAUCUCCAGCGGCUAGUUCAAGGCUUCUUGAUGACCUCGGAGGUGAAGGACUUGCUUUGGAUGCUUUAGGCAAUCCCUUACCGCCACCUAGAAAGCCACCAGCCUCGUCGCAGGGUUUCGCGGGAAUGCGCCGCUGUAGGGCCCUCUACGAUUGUGAGGCUGACAACGAGGACGAGCUGUCAUUCCACGAAGGUGAUGUCAUCGUUGUGACGAACGAGCACACGGACGAUGACAACUGGAUGGAAGGAUACCUCGAGCGAUCGCCGGAGCGGCGUGGCAUGAUUCCUAUAAGCUUUGUCCACAUGCUCCAAGACUAAUAAACGCGUGCCCGGAUCAUUAAAAUUCAUGUAUACUUGUUACCUAUUAUUUUAUCAUGUAUUAUAAAUCUUGAACUCUUAAAUAUACGCGGAAAGCUAUCGGCCUUAACAUGGAGGCUGCACCCCUAUUUAUGUUAUAGAUGCUAUAAAAUAAUCAUAAUAUUAAGAUAUUUUUCGUACUUCUAUUAAGUUACUUUUUUUGUUCAUUCGAAAUUUUGAAUAUGAUAUUUAUUGUACGAGACAUCACCGCCAUAAGCUAGAAAAAUAGUCAUUAAAAUUGAAGUUAAAAUGAUUUAUUUUGUUACACUAAUCAAGGCUCGAUAAAGAGCGUGGAUUACUGCUAAGCACUUUAUACACUUAAACAAACACGUACACGAACACACACGUUUGCGAACAAACACACUUGGCUUAAUAUCUUUGAUGCUGCCAGUAUUAGUAGAUUUUGUCGAUUAACAUUGAGGAAAGAGACUUUUGUGUUUGUUAGGCAGCAAACUAUCAAGCAGAGAAGCUUAUAUAUUGAAAGGACAAAAAAUUUAAAAAAUUGACAUUAUCCGAAAAAAAGAAAUUUUGUUGCCUCACGUUCGAUAUGUAAUCGUUGUCCGACAAUCUAUUAGUGAUACACGAGGAUACGUUUUCGCGCGUUUUGAUCGAGUCAAAUGCGAAUGUUGAGGAAAAAACAUGUACGAAGGAAAACAUUUUUUAAAGUAGUGGUUAUAAUUAUUCACGAAGUCACUAUACGCACGUUGUAGAUGAAAAUAAAAUUAUUUGUUUUUCCAGAGAUUGAUACCGAGUAUUAGGGUCCUGGAAAUUGAAAAUUUGUUAUUUGCAAGACAAACAAAAAAGAGAAAUAAAUUAAGUAAACAAUUAAAACAUAA